UAAUAAAUACAUUAAAUAUACUUAACAUAAAUAUAUAUUCAAUAUAUUUAACAUACUCAUUCUUCAUGGUAUCGGAGCAUAUUCCAAAAACCUAAUUUGUUUCACCUGCUCUAGGCUCCUCCUCUCUCUCGGCACCCUCACUGCCGCAGCCCCCCCCUCACCUCUCUCCCUUGGCUUCUUCUUCCAUUCACGGAUUCUUCCGACAAAACGAUGGACAAAUCUACCUCAUCCACCUCCUCCUCCAAUUCCCCUCACUUGGCAUUCACGACCAUAUCCAACGUCAAACUCCAUGUUCCCAUACAAUUGAGCUUCUCCCAACCAAAUUACAAAAAAUGGUGUCGCCUCUUCUUGCUUCUUGUUCGCCGGUGUAAUCUCCAUGGGUUUCUCUCCGGAUCCAAGAUCCCCUCGUCCGCCGACGACGAUGAAUGGUUUCAACUCGAUGCUUUGCUCCAAGGAUGGAUCCUCUCCACGGUGAUCGAUGAGGUCUCCGACUUGGUUAUCUCCUCCACUUCAAUGGCCUCCGAACUCUGGCGGGUUAUCCAUGAUCUCUUCCACGACAACAAACCCGCCCGGGCUAUGAAAUUGGAACAUCAAUUCCGCACAACGGUUAAGGGAUCCAUGCCCAUGGCCACAUAUUGUAAAACUCUCAGAAACAUCGCAGAUUGGCUUGACGACGUCGACGUCCCGGUCUCUGAAUCGCAACUCGUGCUCCAACUCUUGCGGGACUUACCGGACGACCUCCAAGCCCAGACGUCUUGGAUGCAAUUUCAACAGCCCCAACCCAAUUUUCUCCAAGUCUGGUCGGUGUUGCUGCUCCUCGAACUCACUCCCUCGAGACUGGGACAGCCCUCCUUGCGGGCCGAACCGGCGGCUAGCCGGGCACGAACCAGCAGCAGCAGCCGCAUGGCCGAACCGGCGGCCAUCCACAACGAACUGGUGGGGUACUACUUGAAGAGGAAGAGCCAGGGGCUGGAAAUAGAGCUAGAAGUCAUCCCUGUCGUUGAUCUGUAUAAAGUUGAUCCAUGGGAGCUCCCAGAUCAAUCAUUCCUGCCAAAGAGGGACAUGGAGUGGUUCUUCUUCUGCCCAAGGGACAAGAAGUACCCAAACGGAUCAAGAACCAACCGAGCCACCAAAUCCGGAUACUGGAAGGCCACGGGCAAAGACCGGAAGAUCGUUUGCCCGCCCGACACGACCGGGUACCGAAAGACGUUGGUCUUCUACCGCGGGCGGGCUCCUCUUGGGGAUAGGACCGAUUGGGUCAUGCACGAGUAUCGCAUCUCCCAAGAGGAUUCUCAUGGCAACCUCAUCUUUCAGGGUCCCUUUGCCCUAUGCCGAGUUGUGAAGAGGAAUCACCCUCAACUGCAAGAGAAGGCUGGGUGCAGCAGUUCAAGCAAUAACAGUGCAGAGAAAUAUUAUUCAUCUCUACCUGCAACGCCAAAUGACCAAAUUGCCCUCAACAUGGGCAGCUCCGAGAGUGCCUACUCCACUCCCAUCACUCCCCCCUACCAUCCAUCGCAUGUGACAACACCAAAUGACCAAUUUGCCCUCAACAUGAGCUCCGGGAGCAACUACUCCACUCCCAUUACUUCCCCUACUCGCUACCAUGCGGUGAGCGCGGGAGAAUAUGAGUUCGGCAUGCAGCCAGACACUUGCAGCGUCUGGAUGUCGGCCGAUAUGGUUCUUGAUUCUUCGAAGGAGUGCCCUCAGCACUAUUCUUAUCAUCCAAACGCGGCACAAUGGCAACCGUAUGAUAACCGCGAGCCCUCUCCCCCUUCUUUGUCUCCUUUCAUGGGCAUUUUGGGAAAUGAACAUGGCGGCACGCCAUAUGAAGGUUGCCAUGGCUCCUCAAGAAAUCUAAACCUUUUCUAAUUUGCAUGCUAGGAGGGAGGGGAAUGGCUUCGAGAAGCCGUUUUUUCAUUUUCUGGUGUUUGGUUGUUCUGAAAAAUAUGAAGCAUCGGAACAUGAUUUCUGAAGUGAGUAGAAAAUGAGUAGGAAAAAGAUUUCAGCUUUUUUUUUUACUGGUGGGAGACAAUUAAUUUCCACAGUUCUCUUACUUCUUUGAUCAAAACUUACCACAUCCACUUUGUAAUGUUAUAACAAGAAAAACUACCUUUUUCU